CUCCCGGACCUGCAAUCGCGGCGGGCGGGGCGUCGCGUCGGGGCCUUGUUGCGUGUCCGCCCGGACCCUCCUGUCCCGCCCUGCGCAGUCGGGAGCCAGGCGCAGUCCAGACCUGGCGGGGACAGCUGCGCCCUCGGCCCGGCACCCGGACCCUGCCGCCGCCGCCUUCGCCCACCCUCGGUCCUGGCGAUGGCCUUCGUGUCGCCCGAUGCACUCGUGACUGACCUGGACACUGAGUAUUAAGAGCUCACUUCCGUCCCCACCACAGCCGCGACGGCAGGGACACCUAGGCUCCUUAGGGCGGAUCCGCUGCUUCUUUGGACUCUCUGGCUUCGGGGGCGCCAUGGACCAAAGUGGGAUGGAGAUUCCCGUGACCCUCAUCAUCAAAGCGCCGAACCAGAAGUACAGUGACCAGACUAUUAGCUGCUUCUUGAACUGGACAGUGGGGAAACUAAAAACGCAUCUGUCCAACGUAUACCCUAGCAAACCAUUGACGAAGGAUCAGAGAUUGGUGUAUUCGGGCAGACUGCUUCCCGAUCAUCUGCAGCUGAAAGAUAUUCUCAGAAAACAAGAUGAAUAUCAUAUGGUUCAUCUAGUAUGUUCUUCUCGGACUCCUCCCAGUUCUCCGAAAGCCAGCAGCAGUAAAGAAAACCAUGAAGCACUGGCGUCUAGCAGCAGUUCUAGUUCAGAUCAUUCAGGAUCAACAACUCCAUCGUCCAGCCAAGAAACAUUAUCCUUAGCUGCUGGUGCUUCCUCAGAAGGAUUGAGGCAGCGCGCCCUUCCACAGGCACACACCAACCCAGCACAGAGUCAUCAGUUUCCAUAUGUAAUGCAAGGGAACGUGGAGCAGCAGUCCCCCGGGCAGGCCGCGGCGCCCGUGCCCGCGUACCCAGCGCUCAGCCCGCUGCAGAUGCUGUGGUGGCAGCAGGUGUACGCCCACCAGUAUUACCUGCAAUAUCAAGCUGCAGUCUCAGCACAGGCGACGUUGGGUGCCAGCGCAGUCCAGCCUCCCGCAUCCCAGCCUUUAAAUCUGGCCCGUGUUCCCGGAGAGGAGCCCCCACCAGCCCCAAACCUGGAAAACCGAGCCGUGAAUGAGAAUGUUCCCAUGAACGCCCAGGGGGGUCCCGCGCUCAAUGAGGACGACGUCAACCGUGACUGGCUGGACUGGGUGUACACGUUCUCCCGGGCCGCCAUCCUCCUCAGCAUCGUGUACUUCUACUCCUCCUUCAGCCGUUUUGUCAUGGUGAUGGGAGCCAUGCUGCUGGUGUAUCUACAUCAAGCUGGAUGGUUUCCCUUUAGGCAAGAAGGAGAUCAGCAGCGGGCUCCCAACAACAACAUAGAAAUUAACCACGACGGGCAACAUGCAAACAAUGUAGAACUUGAAGAAAUGGAACGCAUUAUGGACGAUGGGCUCGAAGAUGAGAGUGGAGAAGACGCAGGGGAAGACACCAGCAUGGUCCAAAGGCCUGGACUGAUGGCUUCGGCUUGGUCUUUUGUCAGCACCUUCUUCACUUCUCUAAUACCAGAGGGACCUCCCCCGGUUGCCAAUUAGACCUAGAAACUGUGCCAGCUGUAAAGAGGCUCUGAUUUUUAGGAAAGUGGUUUAAAUAACAGUGCAAUUUCAAAAAAAAUUUAUAACUUUCUUUUGAUCAUGAUGUACAGAGGUGUCCUAUUCUUUAAGCUUCUCAUGCAUAUGAGUGUUUUAAGCACAAAUGGACUACUAAAUGUGUGAUUUUUUUUUUUUUUUUUUAGGAUCCUAACAGAACAUAGCAUAACGGCAUUUGUCUUCCAGGUUGUAUUCAUUUCAGUUACGUAAAGGAUACCAAGACAGACCUAUCUGUGCGUGUCUUAUUUCUUUAAAGAGCUGCUUCACCUAUAAAUGUCUAUAGCUAGUAGCCCAGCCCUUUAAUGUGUAAUUUGAAUAAAUAUAUCUAUUUUCUGUGAAUUAUCCUGAAAGUUUUAAACAGAAUGACCUCAUAGUUUUUAAUAAAGAAUAUUAUUUACCUAAAAUGUGCUAGUAGCAUCUUGCCCAGCCAUAAAGCAAUAAACUUCUCAAUAAUCUUAAUUUUGACAAUUUAAUAAAUGGUGGAUACUUUCCAUUUUAA